UUGCACUUAGAUGCCUCACCUUCACCUGUAACUCAACAUACCUGAAACGGAAUUAAUAAUCUCUACAAUCAACUUGAAUUUCCCAAAUUUUCUGUCUUUGCUAGUAGUUCCAAUGUUUAUUAUUCACCUACACUUGACUCUUUGAGGGUAUCUUUGACUACUUAAUUAUCUAUAUUCUGUCCAUUAACAAAUCUUAGAACUAUUUCUCCUUCUGUAGCCCUUCGUUACAUUUCUACUACCAUCACCUCACACCUUAAUGCUGUAACAACCUUCUGGAAAGCUUUACUUGUACCUCAUUGUUAUUCUCUCACUCCCUAGUAGCAGGAUUUCAUCCCUGGAUCAGUUCCACCCUCUACAUUUUCUACUUCUGCAUAAAGCCUACUGAGUGAUGCUAUGGAAAAUUAUAAAGUAUAGAGAUUGGGUAUGUUUUCAGAGUCUUGGUACCUAACCUCUUUGGGCCUUUAGUCCUACUUAAUCUGUUUCUUUUUCCUUCACUUUCCCCUUAGCAACAAUUUUAAACCUAUAUCAUUCUUCAAGACUCUCUUCCCCUGCUCUACACUCCUUCUCCUCACUCUUCUCAGACAAGCUCCUUUGUGAUUUCAUUGAGAAAAAUUUGGCCCUCAGUUGUGGAUUACUACCACGUAUCUUGGUUUAACCAAAUCCUCCUGUAACCCUGAGUUUUCCUUUAACUACUACAUUCUCCCCUUCCCUUCUUAACCAAGUUUUUUUUUUUAAAUCUAGUCCGCUCUUACUGUCUUCACUUAUUAUUUACUCAACUCACUGCCAUUUGUUGGCACUUCUUCCCUCAGCCUUCACACCACCAGUCUACCACCUCACUGUGACUACUGCUCACAGUGUCAAAGUGACUUCUAAAUUUGUAAGUCCAAUGAGCAUCUUCAUUUAGCUCCUUUGACAUCACUCUCUCCUGUUCAUUCUUAUAAUUCGCUGUCCUUUGCUUUGGUGGACUUUUCAUAGGCUCAUCUUUUUCUACCAUCUUUCUUUAAAGAAUGGCAUUCUCCAGGGUUUUAUCAGUAUGUUGCUAUUCCUGUGCCCGCCUAUACAUUAUCUUCAGGAGAUUUCAUCCACUCUGAUUAUUUUGACUAUCCACCCGCAUGUUCUGACAUCUCCAAAAUCUCUCUGACCUAUCUUCUGCCUUUCAUACUCCUGUAUAUAACUACCUGUUGGACACACCUUUACAUGAAAGUUUUAUAGAUAUCUUAGACCCUGUGUUCAAACUUACACUAUUCACCAUUGCAUACUCUCCCACCCAUUAAAACAACACAUACAUCUGAAGUUCCAAUUUCAGUUUAUGGGAUCACCACCCACCCACUUACCAAAUUAGGUUUCUGGGAAUUAUUUUAGACUUCUCUAGAUUCUCUCCUCUCCACUAUCCCUCACAUUCAUUCCAUCACUAAAUUUUGCCAGUUUUAAAGUUAAAUGUUAUACCAAUCUCCCUGCUUCUCUCUACCCCUACUGAGACCUAUCUAGUCCAUGUUUUCAUUAUGUCUUGCCUGAUCUCCUUACUUCUAGGCUUACUCUUCUUAAAUUAAUCCUUUGUAUUGCAGCCACAGAGGAGACUCAUCUAAAACACACAAUUGACCAACCACAUCACUUAAUACACUUCAAGGUUUCCCAAAGCACAGAAUAAAAAAUUCGGGCUCCUUAGCAUAACAUAUAAGUCUCUCUUUGACCCAUUUUGCCUCUUCCCAUCUCUUUCCCUUAUGUUUUACUCUACAACAAUUCCAAAGUUUAAGAAGUUCGUGUAAGCAUUUCUAUGCUAUUUUCAUGAAUUUUUGUCCCUAAAACACUCUUCUCAACUCUUUUCAGGUUAACUAUUCAUCAUCCCUCCAAGUUUAGCUAAGACAUUAUGUCUUCCAGUAGCCUUUUUCAAACCCCCAUAGUAUGCUAAGUGCUCCUGCUUCUUUGUGCUUGCAUACCUCUUAAACAUACCUCUUACUUUUACCAAGUGAGACUGAAAUAUUUUGUUUAUGUAUCUUUCUCACACUGGAUUUGUGAAGAACUUGGCUGUUUUACUUAUCUUGUAUCCCUGACAUCUAACCUGCUGCUUGGUGCCACAUAGGUAUUCAGUGUUUGUUAAACUGAUUAUUUGGAUUCAACAUAUUGUGCUCAUUUCUAUCUCUGCCAUACAGGAAAUUAUUUUCAUCCCCAGAAAUGCCCUUACCUGCUUUCUUACAAAUUCAAAUCCUUUCUGUCCUCAAAGAUCCAUCACAACUUCCCUUACUGUUCUAGUUCUUUGUGUUCUCUCCUUUCUCUGAUUUCUCAUAGGCUUUACUGUUCAUUGACAAUUGCGUCAGUUAUAGCCCCUCAAGGGAAUUAGCUUCCCUGAGACAAAAGAUUAUAUUUUAUUCUGCAAGUAUCCUUUUCUUGGUAUCAAAGAAUAUGAAAAACCAAUUAUAAUCAGAAAGUGACUUAGUACACAUGAAAUUAGAGCAUAGAAAAGGAUAGCUUUGAGGGAUCAUUUCAUUCAGAUUUUGACAUAACCUGCUGAGUUUUCCUAGGCCUGCAAUAGUCAGUAGUGUGCAGCCUCACGUUCUUUAAAGUCAGCAUCUUUCUUUCCCUUUGCAAGCAGUCUCCUGUUUCUAUGAAUAGUCUUUGUUCAGACAAGGCCAAUAUACUUGAUAAUAAUUAAUUUAGCUUCUUUUAAAUGAUUAGGUGACCUUUUGGUUUAAAAGAAGAUUAUCAUUGUUGUCCCUAAAAUCUUUGCAGGUACCAAUUUAUUUCCUCCUCCCUAGGGUCAGAAUGAUUUAUAUUUGGCUUAUGAAAUGUAUUAAUUUGCUUUUUCUGAUCAAAAAGUGGAAGGAUGAUGAGAUUUUUAAAAAGUUAAUGUAUCCCUUGCUUCUAAUUCUACUUAUGAAGCAGAAUAGUGUGCUAGUUACUAUAUAGUUGCUAGUGUGUAGUUUUUGACUCUUUUGAAGUGGUAACUAGUAGUUUUGUUCUAGAAUUUUGCUUUCAGCUUUUAUCCUGAGAGUGGGGCUCACUGAACCUCUCUCCUUUCUAAAAUCUGUGGAAAUUACUUUUGGUAACUAAGGCACUGCAGUGAUCUCAGGUAAGAGAGUAAAAAAUUUGCCUUUAUUUGUUUUUAAUAUUUUGGGACGUUUCAGGUUUUGGUUGGGGGGAAACAGAGUUGGGGCAAACAAAAAGAGGUUGGUUAAGAGAUUCAGAGGCAAAGGUUGGUUGGCCAUGCUAAAUUUCAGGUGCCUGUUGCACCUCCAUGUAGCAACAGUCAGUAGACAGAUAGCAGAUUCUUAGGGAAGAAGUUAAGCUAGAGAAGGAGUAUGGUAUAGUGAAAAGAAUUUUGGGCAUUCAAUUAAGAGGCAUGGGCUCUGAGAGGCUAACACUACUACUAACUUGCUCUGUGACUUUGACAAAGUCAUUUGACCUCUCUGGGCCCCAUCUUUAUUGGAAAAUGUCAAGUAGAUGGUCUCUAAUAAAUUCUUGUCCAGUUCUAACAUUAUGUGAUUUUAAAUGUAUACUGACCUUCUUAACUUGAACUCUUUGUUUUUUCAGCAUUUAGUAUGAGAACCUAUGUUUGCCAUAUUUGUAGUAUUGCUUUUACAUCUUUAGAUAUGUUCCGGUCCCACAUGCAAGGAAGUGAACAUCAAAUUAAAGAAUCCAUUGUUAUCAAUCUAGUGAAGAAUUCAAGGAAGACACAAGACUCUUACCAAAAUGAGUGUGCAGAUUACAUCAAUGUGCAGAAAGCCAGAGGACUAGAGCCCAAGACUUGUUUCAGAAAGAUGGAAGAGAGUUCUUUGGAAACCCACAGAUACAGAGAAGUGGUCGAUUCCAGACCCAGACAUAGAAUAUUUGAACAAAGACUCCCAUUUGAGACUUUCCAAACAUACCCAGCACCAUACAAUAUUUCACAAGCAGUGGAAAAGCAGUUACCGCAUUCAAAGAAGACAUAUGACUCUUUCCAAGAUGAACUUGAAGAUUACAUCAAAGUACAGAAAGCCAGAGGACUAGAUCCAAAAACUUGUUUCAGAAAGGUGAGAGAGAACUCUGUGGAUACUCAUGGGUACAGAGAAAUGGUUGAUUCUGGACCCAGAUCCAGAAUGUGCGAGCAAAGAUUUUCACAUGAGGCUUCCCAGACCUACCAACGACCAUACCAUAUUUCACCAGUGGAAAGCCAAUUACCUCAGUGGUUACCAACCCAUUCAAAAAGGACAUAUGAUUCUUUCCAAGAUGAACUUGAAGAUUACAUAAAAGUGCAGAAAGCCAGAGGACUAGAGCCAAAAACUUGUUUCAGAAAGAUAGGAGAUAGCUCUGUAGAAAUACAUAAGAACAGAGAAAUGGUUGAUGUCAGACCCAGACAUAGAAUGUUGGAGCAAAAGCUCCCAUGUGAGACUUUCCAGACCUAUUCAGGACCAUACAGUAUUUCACAAGUAGUGGAAAACCAGUUACCUCAUUGCUCACCAGCUCAUGACAGCAAACAGAGACUAGAUUCUAUUAGCUACUGGCAACUCGCCAGAGACUGUUUCCCAGAAAAACCAGUACCCUUGAGCCUUAAUCAGCAAGAAAAUAACUCUGGCUCAUACAGUGUAGAAUCUGAAGUUUACAAGCACCUCUCCUCAGAAAACAAUACUACUGACCAUCAAGCAGGUCAUAAACGGAAACAUCAGAAGAGAAAACGACACCUGGAAGAAGGCAAAGAAAGGCCAGAGAAAGAGCUGUCCAAGCAUAAAAGGAAAAAGAGUUAUGAAGAUACAGAUUUAGACAAAGACAAGAGCAUCAGACAAAGGAAAAGAGAGGGGGAUAGAGUCAGGGUCAGUUCAGGAAAGCUUAAGCAUCGAAAAAAGAAAAAAAGCCAUGAUGUACCCUCUGAGAAAGAGGAACGUAAGCACAGGAAAGAGAAAAAGAAAUCUGUUGAAGAAAGGACAGAAGAGGAAAUGCUUUGGGAUGAGUCUAUUCUUGGAUUUUGAAUGUUUAGUUUUGUUUACCCAAGGUUGAAUUAAAAAUAUAUAUAUAUGGAUUUAGAAAAAGACAGGAACAUCCGAUGAAGGAAAGGAGAAGUAGAUACAGUCAGUGUCACUUGAGGACACUUAGUUUUUGUAUAAAAUUUUAAAUUGAAUUAAAAGGAGGAAAAAGAAAGCCUAAACUUCUGAGAAAGAACAUAAGAACUCAAGGAGAACAUAAGAGAAAAGGUAACCUGUUUAAAAAAAAAGACAAGAAUCUGUGUUUUGGAAUGAGUCUACUCUUGGAUAUUGAACUUUUAGUUUUGUUUGCCCAAGAAUUAAUUGAGGAAAUCAGCUAAGAAACUCGACUUAGACAAAAGCAAGAAGAUCAGAUGAAGAAAAGGAGAGGUGGAUACAGUCAGUGUCACUUCAGGAAAGCUAUUUAAGAAAACUUGAAAUUUAAUUGAAAGAAGAAACAACAACAACAACAAAAAAGCCUGAACCUAGCCUCUGAACAACACUAACAUGAGAACACAAGAACUUAAGAGAAAAAGAAACCUACUCAAGAAAAGAUGGAAGAGACAGUGAUUUGGGAUGAAUCUACUGUAGGAUUUUCAACUUUUUAGUUUUGUUCCUUCAAAGUUGAAGGAAAAGAAAAAGAGUUUGGUUUUAUAAAAUUCAUGUUAUUGGAAUUUUUCUAGGUGGAUGACUACUUUAAUCUCUGAAAAAAGCCAAGUGAAGUAAAAGUAUUCAAUAUGCCUUUUCCUCAAGUUACUUUCCUUCAUUUUCUUAAAAAAGAAAAACAUUAUUAAAUGUUUCUCACAUAUCUCACAUAUAAUGUAAUUUCCCUAAAUGAAGUUGUCUCUACUUCUGCUCAUCAAAUUGCUGUGAUAGUGAAUUAUUUACUCAUGGGUGAUAAUUUAUUUUAAAGGACAGAAUUACCAAGCGUUACAAAAUCAAUUCUUUGCUUGGUUUUGUGUUAGUGAUGGUGGUAUUUUAUUGUUGUUUUUUGUGUUUAUGUGUCUCAGCUUUCUCCAAGGAAUAUGUAUGAAAUAACUUAAACUGAUUUUUUCUUUGUUAAAUCUAAUUUGCAGUGUAUUUUUGCAUUUUCUAGUUCUGAAAGUGGAAAAUGAAACAGUCUAUAAUAAACUUAGAUGACAUAUAGUUUUAAAAAGCUCUCAAAAAGUACUGAUAUAAAAAGUCAGUCUAUAUUCUGGAAAUGUUUAUAUUAAAGUGUUUUAAUUUC